CGCACCAGGCAUCUCUGACGGCGGAUUAUUCUUUUGGAGACGGGAAUUUGAAGCAGGAGAUAACCUUUCUCUGCCGUUAACACUAUGAGCCACCAAUUGACGCACACUCUAAUAAGGGCCAUUUAUCGGGCCGUCGGUAGUCCACUGGAACCAUAAAAAAAAAAAGGAUGUUGGAUGAUGUGAAAAUUCCGAUCUGAUUCAGUCGGUACAUGCAUUAGUGAAUUAUCUUAAGCCGUUGGCAGAUGUUAACAUGGAUACAACUUCAAUCCCCCUCUUGGCUACAACUAUUUUUUACGAGGAUGAUGUCAAUGACACCACCGUAAAUCAAUUUGAACAGCCAGACUGGCAAGUGGGACUCUGGGCGAUUGCAUACUCGCUAAUUGUGAUCGUGUCAGUCAUUGGAAACGUUACUGUCAUUUGGAUAAUCUUGGCGCACAAAAGAAUGAGGACAGUAACCAACUAUUUUAUUGUCAACCUGGCAUUUUCGGACGUGUCCAUGGCAACUUUCAACACUGCAUUUAAUUUUGUGUAUGCGUUACAUAACGAUUGGUACUUUGGGUUAGGAUAUUGUAAAUUUCAUAACUUCUUCCCCAUCACUGCCAUGUUUUCCAGCAUAUACUCAAUGGCAGCAAUAGCCGUUGACAGAUACAUGGCCAUCAUUCACCCGCUGAAGCCCAGGCUGUCCUCCACAAGCACACGGAUAGUGAUUGCGCUCAUCUGGAUUGUGGCGUGCUCCUUGGCCUUCCCUCAGUGUUUCUUUGCCCGCACCCAGUUCUAUCCACCGCGGACAGUCUGCAUGGUGGAGUGGCCCGAUGACUAUGGAGGGGUCCACCAGCUCAUAUACCAAUCAGCGGUCAUCAUCCUGAUCUACUUACUCCCCCUGCUGGUGAUGCUUGUGACCUACAGUCUGGUUGGCCACAGGCUGUGGGGCAGUGAGAUCCCAGGAGAAGCAUCUGAUCAUUACCAAAACCAAAUUCAGGCUAAGCGCAAGGUGGUGAAAAUGAUGAUUGUGGUGGUGGUCACGUUUGCUAUCUGCUGGCUGCCCUACCAUAUCUACUUCAUCCUGGGCAGCUUCAACAGGGACAUCUACAAGCAGCACUACAUCCAACAGGUUUAUCUGGCUAUCUUUUGGCUGGCCAUGAGCUCCACUAUGUACAACCCCAUCAUCUACUGCUGUCUCAACCAGAGGUUCCGCUCGGGGUUCCGGCAAGCAUUCCGCUGGUGUCCCUUCAUCAAGGUGUCAGAGGAGGACAACGUGGAGCUGCAGCACAUGCGGACCUUUCAAACAACCCGCAGCUACCGCACUGAGACCACCAGCGCCAUGGCCCGCAACCACACCCGCGAGCGAGAGGACACCGUGUCCAAGCUAAUCAAAGCCUGAUCAAAGCAGACCCCUGAUAAUGAACUGUGGAUGGAUGGGACACACAUGGUCUUGAUCGAGAGCAAUGCUCGAAAGAAGAAAACAGAAACAACUGAUUCCCAUUUCAGUGACCACACUUAAUAACCUUCAUGUAGUAUGUCAGUAUCAGUUGAAAAUUAGGACACAUGGAGUGCAGUUCAAACUGCGCUCCAAUGGCAUAUGCACAAAGCCUUAUCUGUCAAUCAAUCAGUCAGUCAGUGAGUCAUUCAGUUAGUCUAUCAUGAGAGUUGGCAUUUGUGUUUGUGUUUGGGAUGAACCUAUAGCUCCACUCAGCUUUAAGUCAUUGACCACACGUUGAGAAGAGGAAGUCAUUAGUGUUGUAAAUAGGAGAUCAGUAUAGAAUGUUCAUUUGCUCUGUCAGAGUGGCACUUAUUAGUUAUUAAACUCUCUAUUUAAAUGGCAGUGCAAGCCAGGUAGUGUAUGUGAAUGUAAGUAAAAGGUUAAGGGAGCACAUGAGGUGAAUUGUUUCUUGCUUUAUGAAAGACAUACUGUUCAUUGUCUAAAGGAGAAAUGUAAUGUGAAGGUGCUAUUUUGCAGUGCUGAACAUGGGGAUACGAACCUGGGAUACAAAAACAUGCAGCAACCAGUGAAAGUCUGGAAUAAGCAAGGUAUUACUAUAAGAGUGAAUCGGAAACAAAUAGCCCUUCUUGUAGUAUUAUUAAAAGCACUUCACAUCGACAUGGAAGCAAUAAGAGUUUGAAUGAUCAAGCUCUAUUUUAUAACGAAGGCAAUUAAACACAGGGUAUAAAAUUAAGACAAGCAACAAUAUCAAGGUCCAACCAAGGUCAGGUGCAGUUUGGUUUCUUCAGAUUGUGUGCUUAUUCCAAAACUGGAAUAUCCCGUCUAGAGGACUGUUGGAAAGACCCUGUUCUGAGGAAGGUCAUGCUAACAAGGAAGAGAAAAUAAGGUUUUUGUUGUUUUCAACACAGUCUGUGUCAUUUUCAACACAUACUGUGUACACUCUUGAAACAAAUAACAAAAGUAAUGUGUUUGAAACAACACAAAUUGUGUUGCCCCUCUCUGGACAUAGAGAUGUGUUAAAAACAAUACAAGUUGUGUUGUUUUCAACACAUUCAUUUUAAGAGUGAAGGAAGACAAAUAAUAAGGAGCAUGGACCAGGACUGAUCAUGUGAGCUGGUGAGUGAGUGCAGCCAGAUGUUGUCUGUGGUUGGGCAUGACAGUCAGCCCACUGGUCUGAUUGAGCAUGCAGAACCAUGGUUGGAACCAUCCAUAAAACAGAGUUUUUAAAUGUCAUUUUAAAUGAAAGUUAUUUCACAUUCAACAAGAGGAUACGUAGAUGUUCUUUUAUGUCUAUGAUUUUGACAGGUUGAGGCACCUCACUGUGUGCACUGAAUUUCAUUACUGAAGAGAUAAAAGCUGAGAAUCUACAUCAAGAUGGAAAUACACAGAAAUUCAAGGGAAUUUCUCUCAGAAACAUGGACACAAAAAGCUUCAAAAUACAAUAUAGUGAUUCAUAUGGUGUGGUGGAUAUAGCAAAUGUUCUGUAGAAAUUAAUAAAGAACAAAUCAGUGAGGAAGAAGAUGGCAAACGAGGAUGCUGUCAGUGAUAUGUAUGAUGAAGAUGCAGAGAUAUACAGUAUAUUCAUUUAAUAUUGCAAGAGAAUAUUGGGGGCCAAAAGAAAUGUGCUGUGAGGUUUAGUUACAAACAAUGGCAAAUCUACACACUGCAAACAAUCACAGCGAUCCACUGCCAUACCAUAUCUGAUAUAAUAUUUCACUUUAUGUGAAUUAUUUUGUGAUAAUUACAAUUGCCUUUCAGUUUUGGCAGGCAGGUCCUUUUUUGCAGUUUGUGCUUGUGAAAUCAACGAAUUUACAAACUUAUAAAACUUGAUACUGAUAGUGUAGAUUUAGUCUCUUGCACAACUCAAAUAUUUACAGAUGUUUACUAUAAUAUACAAAGCUUGUCUUGUGUGUUGUUAUUGAUGCGAAACUUUAGGCAACACACCCACAGGCCACAUCCCAAUAUUCUGUUUUGGUGUUUAAGUGAUCAAAACCUUGUUAAGGUCUGAGGUGCUAUGAUUAUGCCAUAAGUUUGACUUAUGUUGAAUUGCAGUAACGUUACUGAAAAAAGGUUCAGUAGACAGUGUUCUUUCUAAAGGCCCAGUGACAUCACAGAGUCCCUGACAGUGCAGCGAAGACUGUUUACAGUCAAUAAAUGUUACUGUAAUAGCUAUUACCAUCAGCCAUAUUGUUGCAUGCUAAUCCAAAUAUCAUGUUUGUAAAUGAAUGUACAAAACAUGUCCUUUUCUAUAUAUUUUAUUGUGUGGUACAAAAGUAGUGGCAUUGUUAUGGUUAUUGGUGAAAUCACCCAAAACUAAGUAUAUUUCAUAAUGUACUUGCCUGUGUUUGGCAUCAGUAAUGUAUCGCUACCCCCUUUACUACAUUUGUCUUUGUUGGUGUUAACUGGAACACUGUGAGUGUUGGGGUUUUCAAAAUAUUUCUAAAGGAAUAUAUGAAGGGAAUAGCUUACAUAUCAUCUAUACCAUUUUAAUAAUAUUAUGACGUUUUUAGGCUACUAUAUGUGUUCACUGAAUGUUUGUAAAGUGUAGCUUACCGUUGUGUAUCUGUUUUGGUAUUCAAUAUAUGGUACUGGUUACACUGAAAGAGAAAAAAGCCCUGUUUGCUGCAGCUAUGCUUUGGAGGAGCAGUCCACUCAAUGCCCCUUUAGACUAGCUGGGUUAGGGUUACCCCAAAAUGAAUCAAAUACUGUGUUGAUGAGAUUGGCAAAUUCUAUAUAUAGAUAUGAAAACGGUAUUUACCAAAUAUGUUAUAGAGUUUAUAUGUGAAUAUGCAAUGUGUUUGUGAUGAAUGAAGGACAGUUCCUGAUGCUAGUUUGUUUUUGUGGAGUUUUGAAAGUUUUGAAACUCAAUUUGAAAUCGUACUUGUUUUCAUGUUCUGCUUCUCAUUUGCACAUGACAUGAUUGUGACGAAUUAAAUGCUCAUUUGGGCCUGGA